AUGUGGUACGGGCAACUAUUGGAAGAGAGCGAGGACCAUUUUCUGGCCACUGUCAAACCUAUCCUGAACAUGGGGGACAAUUGUUUAUACCCUGUGUGUAACGCCAGUAACUGGACACUGUGGGACGGGGACAGAACGGCUGUUUAUCAAGCAGCCAUACGGGAGUUUAAACGCAGUCUUUUUACUCAUCAGGACUUUCGCUCUAUCAUUCUUUUGCUGCUGUACGUGCCGGUGUUCUCGCUGGCAUUUAUCGGCAACAGUUUAGUUCUCAUUGCCGUCAUUCUGAACAGGACGAUGAGGAAUGUAACCAACCUUCUCCUGUUAAAUUUAGCUGUGGCAGAUCUCUCAGUGAGCCUAAUAUGUGUUCCUAUAGCAGUGGGGGAGAGCGUGUACAAGGCUUGGCUUUUCGGUGGCUUCAUGUGCAAGUUUGCUACCUUUCUACAAGGUACGACUGUGACGGCCAGCAUCUUCACGAUUUCUCUUCUUAGCGUAGACCGAUAUAUGGCUAUCAAGAAACCUGUCAUUUCGCGCCGAAUCGGAUCACCAAGGGUAGCAGCGAAACUGAUUUUCUUUGUCUGGACAGCUGCCGCCUUGCCAAUGAUUCCUUUGUUCCUAUUCAGGAAAGUCGACGAAAUCAGCUUUCCCUCAGAAAGCAGUGUUCAUUUUUGCCGUGAGGACUGGUUAUCUCCCCUUGACAGACUGAUCUACGACAUUUCUGUUUGCGUCGUAGUUUACCUAAUACCAGGCGUUACCAUAACGACGUCCUACUCCUUGAUUGGACGUAAGCUAUGGCACGAGGACGAGAACUUACAGCGUCAAGAGUCUGAGAUCAGCCGACGAAUCAGCCGUCAGGUGAUGAAUUCAAGGAAGAGAAUCGCUAAGAUGCUCAUCGUCUUGGCCGUGCUCUUCGCCGUCUGCUGGUUGCCGUACCACAUCACGUGUUUGCAAAUUGACGUCACUCACGUCCUCAGUGGCUUCCGGCGGAGUGACGUCACACAUGCAAUGACGGCGUUACCCUACACAAUCCUAAUGGGUCACGCAAACAGCGCUAUUAAUCCUAUUAUCUAUUUCUACGCCAGUCGAAGUUUUCGCAGAUGUGUGCUUAAAGUUGUCCGCUGCGCAAGGCGGACCGAUGGAGAGGAUGACCAGAAUCACGUCGUCGUCAAGUAUACACCUGCCACGGAAGGUCGACGGAAGCCGUUGGUUCGAAUCUUGUCAUCCACAACAACAGGAAAGAGGUCCAAGUCAAGAUCUACAGCGAGCUCCAGACUGUCCCGUUCCACUAGUCUGCGGUCCUCUCGGUCAUUCCGAUCCUCCGGCAGUUUUCGUCGGCAUGAGACGUCCGGAAAAGCACCCAUGAAAUGUUCACUAUCCAAGCUGAAAGAUGCGAAGGCACACGAGAAAAAAGCGACCAUUCCUUUGAUAAACGUGCCAGAUGUCAAGUCAUCAAAUACAUCAAACACUCACAACGAGAAUGAUAACUGCGAUAAGCACCGUCGAGAUAUUUUCAGCUGCACUUUGAGUAUACCCACGACUAUUAACGAAGAAAGCCGAAGUUCGCGGCCUACAACUCCUAUGCGCGAUCUACCAUCCGCCAUUCCGGAGGAGGACCUUCCGGAAGUCACGAGUUACCCCAUAAAGAGAGAUAUGAUGGGUGUUUCCAUGGGACUGUUGGAUUUCAAUCAGGGACGUUUACCAGCCAAGGAAUCAACUGUGUUUAUCUUCCCUGAAUCGCCUUGUAUGUCACCUAACGCCAUCCCACUGCCUAAGAUCCAGCUGACUUUGACGGGAGAUAUAACGGCCAUACAACCGGGGGAUAUUUCAGAGGCGGAAGAAAUAACUUAUAACCAAACACCCAGUACUGAUGACAUUUUCCUAAACGGAGGAAAUGGUAUCUUUCAUAGCCAAGCUAGAGACAAUCCAAGACAAAAUGUCCAAGAUCAUGGGCCUACAUGUCAAACUGGAGACUACGUGAUACCAGCUGGAAACUUUUCAAGCGACCAUGAAAUAAAAGCUGCUGUAAAUAUGUGCGGGGUGGGUGCGUGUGAAGGGGGGGUAAAUGGUGACAGGGAGCAUUCGGAAACGUAG